AUGCUCCUGGCAGCACUCGUCGCUACCGCUGUCUUCGCACCAACCGCCUCCGCAGCCGCCUCCUUCUUUGGCUUCCACGCCCCGUUCUACGGCGGCAGCCACGCCGUGGAGCUGAUCUCGGGACCAUCGCAGUCGACGCGCAUCACCGCACAGAACGCUCUCAUGUGGGAGUCGUUCGAGAUGGCACUUGAGAUGACGGUGACCAAGGACCAUGAGGCGCAGCGGUCAGAGGGCUACGAGGGCACCGCCCUCUGGCUCACCCGGUCGCCGCUGCCGGCCCAGGCUCCGCCCUCUGCUGGCGGUACCGUGUACGGCGCGCCGCGCGUCUGGGACGGCCUUGGCGUCUUCUUUGACGUCUUUGACACCGACGGCGACGGCGCAGCCGCCGUCAUUACCUCCAUGCUCUCGCCAUCGUCGCUCUGGGGCUCCUCCCGCAACCUCGGUGAGUUUGACCCGUGGUCCGACGGCCGCCGAACCUCGCACGGCCACUGCCCGGUCCGCCUCGUCUCGCACCAGCCGGUCCCGGCCUCCGCCCCGGGCACCGCAAAGGUCCUCGUCCACAUCAAGUACACCUCGAAGGCCAAGCGUGUCGACAUCUCCAUCUCGGACGUCGGCCAGCCCAACUCGGCCUUUGCGCCCUGCGCCUCGUUUGACGCAAACCUCGACGGCGCCCGCCACCUCGCCCUCACCGCCGCCUCCUCGCACUCGGCCUUUGCCCGCACCAAUCUCCUCGCCUUUGAGGUCUACGACCUCGAGCACGGUCUCACCCAUCCGCCCGCAGACGCCACUCGCGACUCGCGCUUCCCGGGCCUGCAGGCAAAGGUCGAAGCUGCCGUCCGCGGCGAAAUCGACGAGCACCCGCUCGUCACCGAGGACAUUCCGCCCGCCGCCGCCUCUGCUCACCAUGCCGCUGCAGAGGCCGUCGCCCGCGACGCACACAAGCGCGCCUUUGCCGCCCGCGACUCGGCCGCUGCCGCCGCAGACACCGCAGCAGCCAUCGCCGUCCUCGACGGCAAGCUCUCCGACAUCGCCGCCCGCCUCGCCUCGGCCCCGGCCGGCUCAGCAAGCGGCAGCGGCGCUGAUGCGUCUUCCGCCUCCAUCCGCGGCGUCCUCAACACGCUCUCCGACUCAGUCACUGAGCUCGUCCAUGCCCACCAGGCUGAUGAGAUUGUCCGCCACUUUGAGCGCGUCGAGUCCGAGUCGCGCCUCGCCCUCGACCGCAUUGCCGCCCUCGACUCCAAGCUCUCCACCAUCACCACCACUCUCACCGCCAUCCAACACGCCGGCCCUGCUGCCGGCCCCGCUGCCGACGGUUACUCGCUCGCCUCGCUUGUUUUUGCAGCCCUCAUCGGCGCCGUGGCUGCCUACGCCGCUGCCUCGCUCUUCAAGUCGCCCAAGGCCUCGGGCUACAAGCUUCCGUGAAA